AUGACGCUGCACCCGCGGUCCGGCCACGUGCGGCGGACGGGCGGCAUUUCGCUCUUCCGCAAGAACGCCAAGGCGUCGUCGGGCUGGGUCCAGAAAUAUCUGGAAAAAGAAUUAGUGAACACGACGACGAUCGCGACGCGCCCGCACGAGCGCAAGCUCUGGCACGACCACCGCCACGUCAGCUAUCGGCAGCUCUUCUGGGUCCAGGAAGCCUUGGGUUUCGACCCACAUUGCUUCCCGACGUUCGAGCGCCACAAGGUGUUCCUGGCGACGGUCUUGCGGAGGCCCCUGGAUCGGGCCGUCGCGGCCUUUUAUGCGCAGCCGUCGCACCGCGAGGGAAAUUUCGGCGAGACGUGGGAGAAGUGGAGCGCGCGGGGCGCGAACCCGCCGCGCUUCCUGGCGUCGCGGAUGAGCGACAACUACUUCGUCCGGGCCUUCACGGCGCGGUGCCCGCAGCACUACGUCCUGGACCUCGAGACGUGCCUGCGGGGCUGCCCCGUGCGGCGCGACCCCGUCACGAACAGUGAUUUGGAAACGGCGCGGCGCGCCUUGGAGCGCUUCGACCUGAUUCUGUUUUCCGAGGCGCUGCCGGGCCAGAACCAGCAGUUGCGGGACAAGCACGCGCCGCCGCGCCUCUCGGAGACGGACGCGGCGCUCGUGCGCGAGUCCGUGCGCUUCGACGACGCGCUCUACGCCUGGGCGUGGCGCCGGCGCGCGGCGCGGUGCGGGGGGGGCUAGGCUACUGGUAGUUUUUUAUCUCCUAGGAGCGAUGACGGCGCCGCGGCGGGCAUCCUCAAGGCACCUACGACCGCGAGAUCCUGGCGGAAUCGCGGCCUCGCGUCGCCGCGGACUCACUCUCGGACGACGCGGGCGCCAUGGGCCCUACCCCUACUAGAAGUACGAUAUCCAGGUCACGAGAAGUACGAGAUAUCCAAGCCGCGUGCUUGUGGCUGCCCGACGCCUGCCUGUGAGGCUCGGCUGCGCGCGCCGGUUGUGGCAGCCUGCUAGGCAAAACACUGCCGCCUUCCGCACGCCGCUGCCUGCGCGCGGCAGCGAUGCGGCGCCUGGCGGCGGCGCUACUCGCCGGUGCGUCGCGCGGCGCGGCCGCGGGACCGUCGCUGCUCGACGCGAGCAUCGACGCGCCGCCGUGGGUCGCGGCGCGGGACUACGGCCUCCGUGCGGCGGUGGACGGCGAUGCGUGGGACGCGCGCUUGGCCAAGUCGCGGCGAUUCCAGACGUGCGACCGCGAGCGGAACCGCAAGGGGGGACGCUAUGGCUCCACGGACUGCGAGGGCUAUGAGGCGCUCGCCCGCUUCUUCUGGCGGCGCGAGCGCGGCGUCGUCCUCGAGCUGGGCGGCCUCGACGGCAUCCGCGCGUCCGAGAGCCUCCUCUUCGACGCGGCGGCAGGGUUCCGAAGGGUCGUCGUCGAUGCGUCGCCGGCGGCGCGGCCGCGGCGCCGCGCGCGGGCAGCAGGCGCCGCGGGCGUCGUCGCGGCGAUCUGCGACGCGAGCGGCGCGGUGCAUUGGCUCGCCGCGGACAAGUUCCCGGAGGUGAGAUGUGUCGCCGAAUUUGCGCCCGAGGAGUUCCUGGCGACCCACCACGUCCGCGCGGCGGAGGCGUUUGCGAACGCGUCGCGCUCGUGGGCCCGCGUCGACUGGACGGAGCUGUCGCGGGCCCUCGCGGCCGACGACGUGGCGUACGAGACCGCGGGCCCCGCAAAACGGCGAGAGCGGCAGGGCCGCCGCGUGGCACUCGUCGCGUGCGCGUCGCUGACGGAGAUUCUCGUCGACCGCCUCGGUGUCGCGCAUGUCGAUUUCGCCAUUUUGGAUGUGGAGGGCGCGGAGCUGGAAGUCCUGCGCACGAUCGACUGGCGCCGGCUCUCCUUCGGCGUGCUCUGCGUGGAGACUGGUUCGCCGCUGGGCACGCGGCCCGCAGCGUUCCGCGACGCCGUCGUCGCGCACAUGGCCGCGGCGGCGCCCGCGUACGCGCUCCACGGCCACGACGGCCGGAAUACGUGGUUCGUCAACCGUGAUUUUGUGGCGUCGGCGCGGCCGCCGUCCUGA